AAUGGAACUGCGUGAUUUUUUUAUGUAGCAAAUUAAUACCAAAAUCACAAACUAGGCAACUACGUCUAGAAAGAGCUGAGAGAGAGAGAGAGUGAGUUUUGUUAGAGAGAAAAUGGCGAGAUCUACGGUGGUGAUUGCGGCGGUUGUACUGGCUUUUCUAGUGGCGGUUCCGGUACCGGAAGUGACGGCCAAGAAAUAUUUAGUCGGAGACAAAAAGUUCUGGAACCCCAACGUUAACUAUGCCGCAUGGGUUCAGGGCAAACAUUUCUACCUCGGAGACUGGCUAUAUUUCGUGUUCUACAGAGACCAACACAACAUUCUUGAGGUAAGCAAGGCUGACUAUGAAAGAUGUAUCUCGGACCACCCACUACGAAAUUAUACACGUGGAGCUGGGAGAGAUAUUGUGCCUCUCAAUGAGACCAGAGCUUACUAUCUACUUGAUGGAAGAGGUGGCUGCUUUCACGGCAUGAAGCUUUCUGUUACUGUUGAGACGCCUCCUCCACCACCACCACCAAUGUAAUAAAAAUAUAUAUAUUACUCUAUGUAUCUCUAAGAGUUGUUUUGGAUUUGGCUCAAUUUGUUGGGCAAAUGUCGAUUUCGUACUAGAACUUGAUUAUGUUGCUUUUGUUGUAAUGCCAUGUUUUCAAUAUUAUAAUUAAUCUGUUUUUAUUAUAA